AUGGUGGUUGUAGAAGAACCAGAAUUCACAGAAGUAAUAGAAAAUGUCACUGUACCUGCUGGAAGAAAUGUCAAAUUAGCUUGCUCUGUAAAAAACUUAGGAUCAUAUAAGGUAGCGUGGAUGCAUUUUGAACAAUCAGCAAUUCUAACGGUACAUAAUCAUGUGAUUACCCGUAAUCCACGUAUUAGUGUGACGCAUGAUAAGCAUGAUAAACACCGAACAUGGUUUCUACACAUUUCGAAUGUCCAGGAAGAAGAUAAGGGUAGAUAUAUGUGUCAAAUUAAUACGGUAACUGCUAAAACACAAUUUGGCUACCUUCACGUUGUUGUUCCUCCAAAUAUCGAUGAUUCUUUAAGUUCUAGUGAUGUAAUUGUCAGAGAAGGAACUAAUGUUACUUUGCGGUGCAAAGCUACUGGAAGUCCUAUGCCAACUGUCAAAUGGAAAAGAGAUGAUAACUCGAAAAUAGCAAUAAAUAAAUCACUUAGUGUUCUAGAGUGGGAAGGGGAAACGUUAGAAGUAUCAAGGAUAUCUCGGUUGGAUAUGGGUGCUUAUUUGUGUAUUGGGAGCAACGGUGUGCCACCAUCAAUAAGCAAGAGGAUAAAAGUUAGCGUUGACUUUCCUCCAAUGAUUUGGGUGCCACAUCAGUUACUAGGACUCCCAUUUAACACAAAUGUUACGUUAGAGUGUUUUACAGAGGCACAUCCUACCUCUCUCAAUUACUGGACACGUGACGACGGACACAUGAUUCAUGAUUCAAAAAAGUAUCGAACUGAAUCAUUUGUUGGAACACCGAACUAUAAGACUCACAUGAAAUUGCAUAUUUUUAACGUGCAACGUCCUGAUUUUGGUUCCUACAAAUGCGUUGCCAAAAAUCCAAGAGGAGAGACAGAUGGUACUAUUCGAAUUUAUGAGUCUCCUCAACCAACAUCAGCACCCACAACAACUGAGUCUAGUCGGGAUGCGUGGUCUGUGAAGAAUGACUUGAACAAUUCACUUAAUGGUCAACAGAACUCUGUGAACACCAUUGAUAAAAAUACCAAAUUGAAUGAAAUAGAUAAAUUUGAGCACAAAUCUCCGUACGUAAAUGCAGAUAACACAUGGCCGACACAUGAUAAAAAGGACCAAGAAAAUAAAGGUCCGAUUCUCCGGCACACAACAGUGUUCUUGUCAGCAUUUUUUGUAAUUAGAGAUUUGCUUAAGUUGGUGAAUUAAAACGCGAAAUGGAUGAAAUCCAUUAUAUAAUUAUUUUUAAUAUAUUUAAUU